UUCUUCUUCUUCGUCGUCGUCGUCAUCAAUCAUCAUCUUCUUCUUCUUCAUUUCUCUCUCUAAACCGUAAACCCUAGUCUCUCUCUCUCUCUCUCUCUCUUCUGUCCGGAGCAAUGAAUAUGAGACCCACUUCACUCUUCCCUUCCAAACCCACCCCAACCUGCACUGCACUCUCCAUCCUCGCCCUCUUCCUCCUCGCCUCCUUCUACACCCUCCGCCACCCCCACGCCCCACGAAAUGCCGCCCACUUCCACCGCGCCUUCCUCUCCUCCGCCUCCAACGCCACCCUCGCCGCCUACCUCCGCGCCCUCACCCUCCGCCCUCACCUCGCCGGUACACAACCCUCCCUCGACGCGGCCCACCUCGUCCGGGCCCACUUCCUGUCCCUCGGCCUCGAGACCCGCGUGGCCCGCUUCGCCCCUCUCCUCUCCUACCCUGUCCGCGCCUCCCUCGCUGCCCACUUCCCCAACGGCACCUCGGUCGACCUCCCCUUGACCGAGCCCCGGCUCGCCCCCGACGCCGUCGUCCCCUACCACGCCUACUCGCCGUCUGGGUCGGCGGUGCGCGCGCUGGCCGUGUUCGCGAACUACGGCCGCGAGGAGGACUACGCGGCGCUCUCCGCGAUCGGGGUGGAGGUCGCGGGGUGCGUCGCGGUGGUGAGGAGGGGGGCCCUGUCGAGGGGAGACGUGGUGCGCGCCGCGGAGUCGAAGGGCGUGUUGGCAGUGCUGAUGUACACGGAGGGGCGCACGGCGUGGAGCCGCCGGGGGGUCGAGAGGGGGACGGUGAUGAGGGGCGUCGGGGACCCGCUGAGCCCCGGUUGGGCAGGGGUCGAGGGCGGGGAGGCUUUGGGUUUGGAGGACGAGGAGGUCUCGGCGAGGUUUCCGAAGAUCCCAUCCAUGCCGGUGUCUGCGGAAUGCGCAGAGAUGAUACUGGCGUCGCUCGAGGGUGGUCGGGCACCGCCGGAAUGGACGGAGACGCUGGGGUUUAAGGUCCGGGGUGUGGGGCCCGGCCCGACGGCGUUGAACUUCUCUUACCAGGGGGAGAAAAAAGUGGUGAAUAUCCAUAAUGUUUUUGCUGUCAUAAGGGGAUUAGAAGAGCCUGAUCGAUACAUUCUGUUAGGCAACCAUCGAGAUGCAUGGACAUAUGGAGCCGUCGACCCAAACAGUGGUACUGCAGCCCUACUUGACAUUGCUCGUAGGUAUGCUCUUAUGAUGCACAUGGGUUGGAAUCCUCGGAGAAGUAUUAUACUCUGUAGCUGGGAUGCGGAAGAGUUUGGUAUGAUAGGGUCUACCGAGUGGGUUGAGCAGAAUCUCAUGACCCUCGGUUCAAAAGCUGUAGCCUACCUGAACGUAGAUUGUGCUGUUCAAGGGCCAGGAUUUUUUGCCCGUGCAACUCCGCAGCUAGACGAGCUCCUAAUUGAGAUCACGAAGAAGGUCAAGGAUCCUGACAAUAAGGAAGCAACAGUUUAUGAGAUGUGGGCAAAAGCUGAUGGCGGCGACAAUAUCCAAAGGCUCAGUGGGAUAGAUUCAGAUUAUGCUCCCUUUUUGCAAUACGCGGGAAUUCCUUCAGUUGACAUAUACUAUGGAAAAGAUUUUCCUGUCUACCACACUGCCUAUGACACGUACGAUUGGAUGGCGAAUCACGGAGAUCCUUUGUUUCAGCGUCAUGUGGCCGCUGCAGGAGUAUGGGGGCUCUUAGCACUUCGUCUUGCGGAUGAUCUGAUAUUACCUUUCAAUUACCUUUCUUAUGCGAACCAGUUGCAGGGCUAUGUAGAUAUCGUGAUUAACUUACUAGAGGGAAAUAUUUCUGUGCACCCUUUGACCUUGUCAAUUCAAGCACUUGUAUCGGUGGCCAAAGAGGUUGAAUUGGAAGCAGAGAAAUUGAGCGUGGAACGGAUGACUGGCGAGCUCGGAGUGUUGAGGAGGCGAGCAUUAAAUGAUCGGCUGAUGCUUGCUGAAAGAGGCUUCUUGGAUGCCGAUGGUCUUCCCUAUGGACGGUGGUUCAAACAUCUUGUUUAUGGACCGAGCGACUACAGAAGCAAGAUAUCUUUCUUUCCUGGAGUAGCAGAAGCCAUCUGGAGAUCAGCGGGAAUGAGAGGCGGGGAAGGGCGAGCGCCGAUUCAACAUGAGAUAUGGAGAGUGGCUAGAGCCAUUCAGAGGGUUGCCGAUGUUCUGGGAGGUCGAACCUUGUAAAAGUUGAUAUCACACAAAGCAAAAGAUCGCUCUCGAGCCUGUGCACAUGCAGAUUGGUGGUGAGACAAAGCUUGAAGAAGGAAAAGGGCAGUUUCUCUCUCUCUCUCUCUCCCUCACAUGUAAUAUGUGUUCCUAUGUAAAUGUUCUGAUACGUAAGACAUAUACAAUAGCUGCCAUUACUUAUGAAUGGAAGCGCAUUUUACGUCCUUGUAGUGUUAAAGGUGUUCAGUUUUGAUCCUUGUAUCAUAUACUCCUCGUAGCUGCAGAAUCUUCAAAGUUGUCUCAUUUAAUUUUGAGGUAAUACAUUCG